AAACUUCAGUCAUGUGCUGAAAGUCGGUGAUCGUGGGUGCGUUCAGCAGUGCUUCGGAACACGCGUAUAAAUAAACCUGGACGUGCACGUGUCAACCCCGAGUGAUUAGUGAACUUAGUGCAUAUUACCAGAACCGGACUCACCUCAUCAAUCCGCCGGAAAUGUGGGGACUUCAGGUGCUCGCCAAAGUAGAAAUCUAGAAAAGCUAUCUCCGUAUAAUAUAGACGACCUCCGGUAGUACCCGCCCUCGAAUAAUCUGGAGACACGGCCUACCCUCGGGCUGCCAUGUGCAAGAGGCGCUGCGGCCCAUCAAUCUCCGAAAACAUUCCAUCACAACGGCACCACCACCCACCCGAAGACCGUCGCGAACUCGCUGAUCCUCGCCCGCAAGUACCAGCUCCGCCAGCUCUCCCACGACGAAAGGACCACCCCCGAGGGCUACAUCCACGAGCACUACAGCCCCAAGAGCGCUCGCAAGCUCCCCAAGUCGCGGUCAGUUGAUGAGGAGGCCCCCAGACGCUGCCCGGAUGGUACCGACCUCGAGAGCCUGAGCCCGCGCUCGCCAGUACCGCCAGUACCUCGGGCGCCGCCGCGGACGAAGCUCAAGUUCUCGCCGCCGCCGGAGAGCGCCGCCGAUCGCGCGGAUAAAGGCAGCGAAGGCGCGACUCGCGUUAGUACUGACAGUACCGAGACCGUGGAGUGCGUGCGGGCGCGCGGAAACAUGUUUCGCGGCGGGAUGAAGCUGAAGGAACGGUUUAUUCUGGGGGCGAGUGUGGCGGCGGUGCUGUUCACGUUCCUGUUGGUGGUGGACAUUCAGAUGGAUCUGGGCAUGUCGGGACACCACCGGCUGGUGCCGUCGCACGGGAGGGUGAAGUACGUCCAGGAGGACGCGGCGGGGUCGGCGUACAAUAGCUUCAGGAAGAGGUUCCUGCAGAAGACGCACAGCGCCAGCAGCACGAACGCCUCCAAAGAGAGCCUCCCCAUCGAGCCGGCCCCCAACACCUUGAAAGACCUCUCGGAAAAGCCGGCCUCCCCCGGCAAAGAGGCGAAAGAAAAGCACGACGAUUUCGGCGAUUUGAUGGAUUACAUUAUGUUGGACAGCGCCGAAAGGGAGAAGCACCGCGUUGAAAUAGAUAGAGUGCACCCCGUUAUCCAGAAGAGCCCCGGAUGGGAAUCGCUGAAAGUGGUGGGCAAUCCCACAAUCGGCGAAUUGAGGAAGAUUGCCGUCAGAGAAAACUCGACUGUUUUGGAGAAGUUCCAUCUACAAAUAUCCCAACACGAGCUCUACCCCGCCGAUAGCGAGCUUGUCGACUUGCUGAUUCACGAGAUGGCCACAGAACCCAUCGUGCAUGUCUCGCAAAAAACGGGAGGCACUCAGCUGAAAUUGGUGAUAGACUAUCCCAACAGUCUGCAGGCGCUUUUCAAACCCAUGAGGUUCCCCAGGGAGCAGCAGACCCUUCCCAAUCACUUCUACUUCACGGACUUCGAACGCCACAAUGCGGAGAUUGCCGCCUUCCACUUGGACAGACUUCUGGGCUUCCGAAGGGCCAUGCCGGUCACUGGCCGUUUGCUCAACAUGACCACUGAACUGUACCAGAAGGCCGAGGGCGAUUUACUCAAGACGUUCUUCGUGUCGCCGUCCGAUAACCUCUGCUUUCACGGCAAAUGUACCUAUUAUUGUGAUACUUCGCACGCCAUCUGCGGAACUCCCGACAGUUUGGAAGGAAGCUUUGCCGCCUUCCUGCCAUCCAACGAGAUCGCCGCCAGGAAGGUAUGGAGGCAUCCGUGGAGGAGGUCCUACCACAAGCGCAGGAAAGCCCAGUGGGAGACGGAGGACAAUUAUUGCUCCCUGGUUAGGGAGAUCCCGCCGUACGACCAGGGGAGGCGGCUUUACGAUCUCAUGGAUAUGGCCGUGUUAGAUUUCUUAAUGGGUAAUAUGGAUAGACAUCAUUAUGAGACAUUUAGACUGUUCGGGAACGACACGUUCCCGCUGCAUCUGGACCAUGGGCGGGGGUUCGGGAGGCCGUUCCACGACGAACUGUCCAUUUUGGCGCCCAUUCUGCAGUGCUGUAUGCUGAGGCAGUCGACACUGCAGACGCUGAUGGCGUUCCACAACGGCCCCACGAAACUGGGCGAAGCCUUGAGCCAGAGCUUGGCCAAGGAUCCCGUGGCGCCCGUGCUGUGGGAGCCCCACUUAGAGGCGCUUGACCGGCGCGUCGAGAUCAUCCUUCGGGGAAUUAGGGACUGCCUGCAAAAGGGGGAGGACCUCGGCUCGGAAACGGGAGAUGAAGACACGUAGUAGACCUGACAUCCAUACCUGUAUCUACAUGUAAAAUAAUGUAAAAAAUAUGUAUAAAUCCUUGUAAAGCUGUGACAAGUCUCAUGCCCGUGAGGAGCGAGAAUUAUGUGUAAAUAUUUUAUUGUUCUGACGUACGUUUUAAGUUACUGUUUUUUCGUUACCAAAAAGAUGUUAGUCAAUUUUACACCAAAUAUAGUUGAGUUUAGGUUAUUUUACGAUGUACAUAAGAUUAUUGUAAAUUGUAUAAAUAUUUUGAUAAGGGUAUCGAAUAUUGUAUGAUUUAUUCGUAGUGUAUGUUGUUAAGGGUUUGGGCGCGAGGGCGCCCGCAAAAUACUGAAAUUAUACCAAAGCUGACUGUAUUUGCAAUGUGAUGAAUAAAGUUACAUAAGAACUGA